ACAGAGGGAGCAGAGGAUUAGCUGUCUGCGGCCGCUCCACACCUCACUGUGGAGAGCGUGUGUCUCAGUGCUGUCGUCCAGUCAGUGAAGGCAAGCAGCGGAUCGAUCACCAACCAACAUGUGGGCUGCACGUCCACAGAUAGAGCAGGCUCGCCUUGCUCCGGGGGCUAACUGCUAAGCAUGCUGGGUAAGGCUCCACCAACGACCAGUAACCUGAACCUGGUGACCGCAGAAGUUUCUGACGCGACGGCGAACCCGGACGAACUGGACGGUAUCGAUAUGGCCGAACUCGUGGAGAGCCUGGAUACCAGAGAGCUGGACAUAGGCGAGGCGGAGGAGAUCGACUGUGAUGGGAGCUCCAUAGGGGACUGUCGUAUCCCGUUUUCAGCCGUCUACGCCACAGUGGGCUUUAAGGAGGCCAGUGCUAAGGUCUACCUCCCCACUGUGCCCAUCACCGCCCGGAUCCUGGAGGUGGAGCGAUUCACCACCGCACAAGACCGCUUCAACCUGUCGCACCACAGGAGCGUCAACAAGUCUCUGCCGGCAGUGUUUAGGAUCGAGCUGAAGCACGGUGAGUUCACCUGGGUGAUUAAGAGGAAGGAGAAACAUUUCAUGGAGCUUCACAGAGAGCUGAGGACGUACAAGACUUUCAUGAGGAUACCCCUGCCCUCACGCAGCCACACCGUGAGGAGAAGGACCGUGAGGAAGAGCGAGGUGAGGGAGAUGCCCUCCCUGCCGCGGGGAGGGGGAGACGAGCUGGUGCGAGACGAGCAGGUGUCCAGCAGGAGGAGACAAUUAGAAGACUAUUUGAACAAGCUGCUGAGGAUGGCCAUGUACCGCAAAUAUCACCAUACUAUGGAGUUCAUUGACGUCAGCCAGAUGUCAUUCAUUCAUGACUUGGGGCCCAAAGGACUGGAAGGGAUGAUCUAUAAGCGCUCAGGCGGACAUCGUAUCCCUGGCAUGAACUGCUGUGGUCACAGCCAGGCCUGCUACCGCUGGUCCAAACGGUGGCUGGUGGUGAAGGACUCGUGCCUGCUGUACAUGAAGCCAGACUCAGGGGCCAUCUCCUUCGUCCUGCUGCUGGAUAAAGAGUUCAGCAUCAGGAUGGACUCCAAAGACACAGAGACCAAACACGGAGUCCGGAUUGACAGCCUCUCCAGGACUUUGGUGUUCAAGUGCAGCAGCUACAGACACGCGCGCUGGUGGGGUCAGAGCAUCGAGAGCUUCGUGAGGAGCCACGGGAAGGCUUUCCUCCGAGAUCACCGCUUCGGAUCGUUCGCGCAGGAGCAGGAAAGCAUCCCUGCGAAAUGGUAUGUGAAUGGAAAGACUUACAUGGAGGACGUGGCCGAUGCUUUGGAGGAGGCCAAAGAGGAAAUCUUCAUCACCGACUGGUGGCUGAGUCCAGAGAUUUUCUUGAAGAGGCCCGUGGUCGAGGGAAACAGGUGGAGGCUGGACUGCACCCUCAAACGCAAGGCACAACAGGGAGUGCGGAUCUUUGUGAUGCUGUAUAAGGAGGUGGAGCUCGCCCUGGGCAUCAACUCGGGCUACAGCAAGAGGACUCUCAUGCACCUGCACCCCAACAUCAAGGUGAUGCGUCAUCCAGACCACGUCUCCUCCUCCGUCUACCUGUGGGCGCACCAUGAGAAGAUCGUCGUCAUCGACCAAUCGGUGGCCUUCGUGGGCGGGAUCGACCUGGCGUACGGCCGCUGGGACGACAGAGAGCACCGGCUGACGGAUGUCGGCAGCGUGACGCGCUCCGUGGCCCUGGAGCAGGCCGGCACCACCAACACCCCGUCCAGCAAGGCUGUGUCCUCUGUCGACGGCGUCUCCAAGAGCAACGGACGAGGGACGCCGCCCAGCGACCCGGUGGACUUGCCCAAGCUGAAGGGGAUCGGACGCAACAGGAGGGCUCGCUUCAGCCUGUACCGACACCUGCACAAACACACCCUGCAGCACGCGGACAGCGUCAGCAGCGUCGACAGCGCAGGGAGUGGCUCAGUGCGAAGCCUAAAGACAGGUGUUGGAGAGUUACAGGGCAACACGCGCUUCUGGCACGGAAAAGACUACUGCAACUUCGUCUACAAGGACUGGAUCCAGCUGGAGAAACCGUUUGAUGACUUCAUCGACAGGUACACAACUCCCAGGAUGCCUUGGCACGACAUCGCCUCGGUGGUUCAUGGCAGAGCCGCCCGGGAUGUGGCCAGACACUUCAUUCAGCGCUGGAACUUCACGAAGAUCAUGAAGCCGAAGUAUCGCUCUCUGUCUUAUCCCUUCCUGCUGCCCAAGUCUCACUCCAGCGCCGGCGAGCUCAGAUACCAAGUUCCUGACUGCGUCGAUGCCAAAGUGCAGGUGUUGCGCUCAGCAGCGGAUUGGUCGGCGGGCAUAAAGUACCACGAGGAGUCCAUCCAUAAUGCCUACAUCCAGGUCAUCGCCAAGAGCAAACACUACAUCUACAUCGAGAACCAGUUCUUCAUCAGCUGUGCCGACAACAGGAUGGUCUACAACAAGAUCGGAGACGCCAUCAUUGAGAGGAUCAUCAGAGCACACAAGGAGGGUAAGAAGUACCGCGUGUACGUGGUGACCCCUCUGCUUCCCGGAUUUGAGGGGGACAUCACCACAGGUGGAGGGAACGCCCUCCAGGCCGUCAUGCACUUCAACUACAGAACCAUGAUCAGAGGAGAAUACUCCAUCAUCUCACAGCUGAAAAAGGAGAUGGACGACCAGUGGAUGAACUACAUCUCCUUCGCUGGCCUUCGGACUCACACUGAGCUGGAGGGACGCCUGGUCACAGAGCUCAUCUACGUCCACAGCAAGAUGCUCAUCGCUGACGACAACACAGUCAUCAUCGGUUCUGCUAACAUCAACGACAGAAGCAUGCUGGGUAAACGCGACAGUGAGGUGGCCGUGAUCGUCGAGGACUCAGAAAAGGUCCCCUCGGUGAUGGAUGGACGGGAGUAUGAAGCCGGAGCCUACGCGCUUCAGCUUCGCCUCGAGUGCUUCAGGACUGUCCUUGGAGGCCACACUGACACCAGUAUCGACCUGUCUGACCCCAUCAGCGAUCGCUUCUACAAGGAGGUGUGGAUGACCACGGCUGGCCGCAACGCCACCAUUUAUGAAAAGGUGUUUCGCUGCCUUCCGUCAUCCCUAGUGCGGAACAUGGCCGAGCUGGAGCAGUACCAGUCCAAACCAGGUCUGGCCCAGACCGACCUGACCCGCGCUCAGGAGGAGCUGCGCAAAAUCCGAGGCUUCCUGGUCCAGUUUCCUCUGGACUUCCUGUCCGAGCAGAACCUCAUGCCGUCUGUUGGGACGAAGGAGGCCAUGGUGCCGACUGAGAUCUGGACAUAAAGGACGUGCCACGCUUACACAUCUGAGUCGAACUGUUUCUUGAGCAUCUUGAGUGAAGGACCUGGAUUGUGGUUGUCAUCAAAUGCGUACUGCUGGAUUUGCAAGAGAUCGCCUUCGAUCCAUGGAUUGAUAUGACCGUUGGGCAUUGAUUAAUCUCUCAGAUCUGUAACAGUAGUCACAGCUCACAGGGUAAGCGCUAGUUUUUUUUUGGAUGUAUGAAGAACAAAAAGACGUCAGACUUGAGGACUUGCCUGACAGCAUUGUGACUGCAUUCAAUCUGUUGAGGUGGAAAACAGGCACGUGGACUUGGGGCUUUGGGAAUCAAACUCCGCUCCGAGCUCUUCGACCUUUGGACUGCUGGAAAAGCUCACAAGACAGCGAGGAUUUCUAAGGGACCAGCGACAAUGAAACAAACACUCGGCUCUCAGCUAUAUUAAAACACACAGAGACGGUGAUGCAUGUGCUCUGCUGAGUUUGUGAUGUAUGCUCGUGAGGUGCAUUAGUGCUAUAUGCUGUGUAUGAGCUCACAGUGUUGCUGAGCCUGCGUUUAAAAGCUAGCUAUAUCAGAUGCUACAUCAGACACACCUUGAGAAUCUUUUCUGUAAAACAAAUCCAAAACACGUGCUCGCUCUUUAGCACAUGCUCAGAGACAAUUUUACUGAUUGGACAGCGGUGCAUGAUUUACUAACUGUGCUCAGAUCUUGUUAACACGAUUGCUACAAUGCAUGUGCCAAUCACGUCUCUGGAAAACCCCUCAGGGACACGAGGGAGUACGCAGAGACGCUUUCAUGCUGAAAUCAGAGUGUCGAGCCGAACCAGGUGCAAAAGCUAACUCGACUCAGUUGAAUCAUACUGUCUCCAGAAGGAUGAGUGGAGAAUUACUAUGGCUGAGGGUGUGUGAUCAAAGGCUACAGAGGAAAAUGGUCGUGCCAGCGGGCAACUUCAGAGGGCGGACGAGACAAUCGGCCCACAAAUUCAAAGGUGUCAUUUCCUUUUUGCUCAAUAGGUGGUGCUAGCGUCUUAAAAAUACAGUUUGUGUACAGCUGCUACAGCAGGUGAAGACUUACAUAUGUUUUUAAUGUGGAGCAUGGCAGUUUCACUUUUAAUUCUUAUGUGUGCAAAUAAGAUGACAGUACAGGGGAAAUCCUUUAAAACACACACACCAGCUGAAGUCAAAGAAUGAAGAGCCUCUUUCCUGCCUUUGAAUUUGGAUAUCAUGAAAUAACACCUGUCGAUAGCCCCGCUUCCUUAUAGUUCUCAUCGCUGGUCACAUUUGGUUGGAAGAGACUUUCAGUAGCUGCAGAUGAUGUAAAUGAUUGCAUGGACAUGUAUCUCCAUCUACGAGUCUGGUCUUUCAGUGCAUUGCAAGGUACACAGUGCAGGGGAAAUUCUUUGGAAACCCACGCAACAGAGGCUUACAUCCAUGAGAAAUGGAAAGUCAGCGAAUGAAUUAUGUGGAAAAAUGCGAACACCUGUUUAAGUAUAGACCACUAUCACACGCUUGAGGGCUUGAUUGAACAACACCUGUCACAUAGAUCCGAUUCCUUUGAAUCCUGUUGGGCGUGUUCGGUUUCACUUGUUGUUAAUUAGCCUGUUGACAUCUCAGACAAGCAGCUUUUUUAAUGUGCAGCACCACUUUCUCUGGUCCGGUGCCAAAUCGUACUCAACAAACCUGGUCUCUCGCCGCUUUGCUUCAGGCUGAUUUAGUGGCUCCUGAAGUUCCUUUUAUAAUCGGCAGAGUUCAAUCAUUAUUUCAACUCUUAUCUCUAUUUAGUAAUUCGAUUUUUAAUCUUAUACGUGGGCCACGCCAUCAGUUUUACACACAAGUUGAGUUUACUCUGUGAAAGCAGAGCAGAGCUUUUAGCUUUUGAUUAUUUAACAGGAGUCCUGAGCGGAGCCUCUUUCCAACUUCACGCAGGACUCCUGACUCCGUUGAGAUGCAGUAUUGUCAUUGUUUCUGCUCCUAUCAGCUGUCAGCUCCUUGGUGAUGAUGACGACAGGCUCUCCUCUCCAGGUCUUCUAACUUGUUAGUGUGUGCAGUCUGAACUGGGCCUUAUAGCAAUGGCUGUAUAUUCUUAUAAUAUGCAGUCUUUGAAACAAUGAAAAUAAAAGCUAUAUUUUCCACAGAGGCUGCAACUGAGAGGCAAAGCCCUCACAUGAAGCUAACAGAUUGUCAUUGCUUCUUACAUUUCCUGGCUGUUCCAGUGAUUUCUUGUUGGAGCUUUUUACUCAGAGCAAGUGGAAAAUUCUUUCACGGUGCAUUUCUUUUCUUUUUUUUUCUUUAUUGUUGUUGUAAAGUCACAGAGAAAUGAAGCUUUUAUCGGGCUUCUCAUGCCAUGUGACCUGAGGCAGUAUAUGUGAACUCUGUUUCCUGAUUUCUUUUAAUUUUUCAUAGUAUUCAGUGUGUCUUGUCUGAACACCAACCUCCUCUAAAUGUGAAGUAGAAGAACCACUCCUCAAGACUCCGGCUGUUCUGUUAUUUCUCAGACGUUUCAUUUGGCAGAGAUGCUCAGUUCUCUCUCGGAAAGGCCUCAAGCCCUUUAAUUCAGCGUCGACGUCACGGACCCGACAUGCGAAUCAGUGGCAUUUAUUUAACCGACGCAGACAGCAGCUGCAUUGUGUGGGAUCUGAUGAUGAAAUAUUCAUCUGUAAGUGGGACCAGGGAAUUGAUGAGCCUCAACUGAAGCGCUAAUGUUUGGAAACUUUAUGCUCUUCGUUUCUGCAAAGUCCUAAACCGUUCAGCUUUUUAUUGAUUUUGACAACAUCGCCCGUAUUGUUUGCCUUUGCUGUAUUUGUCACUGCAUUAUUUAUGGAUUAUGAAUCAUGCAACAUUCUUGCAUUAAUGUUUUAAAUGUAUGGCAUGGUUGUAUGGAUGGUUUAUGGAUCUGAAACUAAACCUCUGUCAACUCUCUGUACCCUUUUGGCCUCGUUUAGCUGCUCUUGCUUCCACUCUGUUUAUGUACAGUAUCCUCUUUUUACAGUUGAAAGUAUUUCUAAUUUAUGACUGUUCAUUUAACAAAAUGUAACUCAUAAUUUAAAUGGCUAACAAAUAAAAACAUCUUGUAAAUAUAUAUAUUUUGAGAUUUUGCAUCUGACGGUUCAGAUA